UCCAUCCAUCUACCCAUUGGUCUACCCCUCAGUCUUUCCAUCCACCCACCCACCCACCCAUCCAUCCAUCCAUCCAUCCAUCCAUCCAUGCAUGCAUGUUUCAUUAGGUCGUGCAGGGUGGGAAAACCUGGGUUCAGAUCUCACCCCAGAGACUUAAUGGCUCAGUGGCCUCUGGUGAGUGGGUUUCUGGGCCUUUCUAGAUUUCCUUUAGCUCCCCAAUGAAAUGAGGGGGUGGUCCCUAGGGUCUCUAGGGUCCUAUAAUUGCCUCCAUUUUACAGGUGAGGAAAAAGAGGCUCCUGGGGGAUGGGGAUGUAAUGUAGCCGAGGCCCCUAGGUCACGACGCCUGGCCCAUUCCUCUCCUAUGCCUCCCAUGGGAGAUGGUGGGCAGGGCUGGCUUAAGGCUCCAGGAGCACUCGGGAAAAGCAUCCGCCUAACAUCUGUUCCCACUAGCUGACAGCUUCAAUCACGGCUCGCGAAACCCCGCCCAUCCACCUUGGUCCCGCCUCCCCUAGGCUUCGCUCCCCCCGCCCUGUCCAUCUCUGUUCCAGGCUGGGUCGUACCACUCUGAGCGGAGGGGGGAACCUCCCGUGUCUCUUUCUUCUCUUCCUCCGAAGCCACGCUUGAGAGGCCGUUGCCACCCUUGCUUGCCAGUCUGUUUCUGACAAACUGGACCAGCAGCUGCUACUCUACUUCGCAGGCCGGCCGUAAUGCCUGCGGUCCGGCUAGCCACCCGUUGGCCUCCCCCUCCUGACUGGCUCAGCUUUCUCCCCGUAUGCCGACGAGUAGUUGGGGAUCCGCCCCUGGCCGCCGCCGCACGCGCUGAUUGGUCUGGGUAGGGGGCGGGGCCGGGAGGCGGCUUGUUGUGAGCGGACCAGGAUGGCCGCCAUCUUGUGCGGCGCCCGAGCCCUAUCCUGAGCUCGAGCCUGAUCGUGAGGCGUGCGGCCUCCGAGCUAAGAAGCGAGGGCCCCAGCCUCCGGAGGCGCGGGAAAGGGAGCGGCUGGCCAUCCCUCCCCCUAAGGCACCGCUCCCUACUCGUGCCCAGCCCGCGGCCCAGCCCGUGCGGAGCGGAGCGCCUAAGGGUCCGGCGUGGGCCCGCGCCGCCCGCCCGCGGAGGAUGAACGGAGGAUAAAUGGUUCCCCAGGCGGACAGCGGCGCCUUCGUGCUCCUCUUCCUGCUGGUGCUCACCGGCACUGAGCCGCUGCGCCCAGGUCCACCACUAGCUCUGGCAAGACUUCUCUCAGAACUGCGGUGCAACCCGGGCCAGUUUGCUUGUCGCAGCGGUGCCAUCCACUGCAUCCCCCUGUCCUGGCAGUGUGAUGGCAGGGGGGCCUGCGAAGAUGAGAGCGACGAGGUUGGCUGUCCAGAUGUGCCUGGGGACCAGCGUUCUUAUCAUGGAAAGGAGGCCAUGGAUUCUCGGCCCAGUCGUGGGAGAGGAGACACGACCCGCUUCCACAUGGUGAAUGUAGCCCAGCCUGUCCGCUUUAGCAGUUUCCUAGGAAAGUGCCCGACAGGAUGGCAUCAUUACGAGGGCACAGCCAGCUGUUACAAGGUCUACCUCAAUGGAGAGAACUACUGGGAUGCUCUGCAGACCUGCCAGAGGGUGAAUGGCUCCUUGGUUGUUUUCACAACUGACCAGGAGCUCCGCUUUGUCCUGGCCCAGGAAUGGGACCUGCAGGAGAGGACCUUUGGGUGGAAGGACCAACGCAAGUUCUGGGUUGGCUAUCAGUAUGUCAUCACGGGUCGAAAUCGUUCUCUGGAAGGUCACUGGGAGGUGGCUCACAAAGGUCCCUCCGAGGACUUUUUAAAGCCUCCAGACCCCAUCUUCGCUUCAGCUGUGCCCGAGAAUGACAACGUGCUCUGUGCCCAGCUGCAGUGCUUCCAUUUCCCCACCCUGAGGCACCACGACUUGCACAGCUGGUAUGCGGAGAACUGCUAUGAGAAGUCUUCCUUCCUCUGCAAAAGAAGCCAAACGUGUGUGGACAUCAAGGACAACAUUGUGGGUGAAGGCUAUCACUUUACACCCAAAGGCAACGACCCCUGCCUGAGCUGUACCUGCCACAAUGGUGAGCCAGAGAUGUGCGUGGCUGCGCUGUGCGAGGGGCCCCAGGGCUGCCAGCAGUAUGACAAGGACCCAAAGGAGUGCUGCAAGUUCAUGUGCUUGGAUCCAGCAGAUGGCAGCAGCUUGUUCGACUCCAUGGCAAGUGGGAUGCGCCUGAUUGUUAGCUGCAUAUCCUCCUUCCUGAUCCUGUCUCUCCUGCUCUUCAUGGUCCACCGGCUUCGUCAGAGACGCCGAGAGCGCAUCGAGUCACUGAUCGGGGCAAACUUGCAUCAUUUUAACCUUGGUCGGAGGAUCCCAGGCUUUGAUUAUGGCCCUGAUGGUUUCGGGACUGGCCUUACUCCACUGCAUCUCUCAGACGAUGGAGAAGGUGGAGCCUUUCACUUCCAUGACCCUCCUCCACCCUACACAGCCUACAAGUACCCGGACAUCCAGCAUCCUGAUGACCCGCCGCCGCCCUACGAAGCCUCCAUUGACCCCAGCAGUGCCCUCUGCGCCCCCUCAGAUGGCGUCUGUCCUCAGCCAGCUCCGAGCAGCCCGCCCUCCCUGGCAGACAGCGAUGCCUCUCCCCGCCUGGCCGAGGGGCCUCUCCCUCCUUCUGGGGGGCCCCCCUCCGCAGAGCUGGACGACUCGGCGGACAGCAGCACCCUCCUCGUACCUCCAGACACGCCGCUGAGGGAGAACGGGCCGGCAGGACCUGUGGGGGGCAGCCGCCCCAGCCUCUGUUCUCUCAACACCAUCGUCUAAAGGAGCGCAGAGCCCAGAGGCUGCUGGUCAGAAAUCAUUGGAGCGACUGUUUGCACCCACCUGGACCAAGCUCCCAAGGGGAGCGCCCGCUCUGCCCUCUCCCUCCCAGGCUGCCUUUGCCGCCGCCCUGCCCUCACUGCGUUCACGGCCUGGUUUCUUGUGUCAGUGGGGCCUCUGCAGAGGAUAGAAGCAGGACGGACACGUGGGCGGCUUCGGCCACGUGCUUUGCUGUGGCUGCCUUGCUUCAGUCAUGGCGGAGGACGGGCCCGACUCCUCUGGGUGGGGUGGUAGAGAAGGGGCUGAGGCCAGCAGCCAGGAAGGGGCCGAGUCUCCCCGGAUAGCUCGCUCCAUGGGACGGGCCACGGGGAGGCCUGGCCGGGGGGACGUCGCGAGGCUCACCCGUGAGCUUAGGCCCAGGCGGGGAGUGUGCCAGUCCUCGGGUCUGUACUCCCACCUCCAGAUGGCAGAGGAGUAGAGAAGGGGGUCCACAGAAGGCAGGGCCGGCCGUGGGAGGUGCUUGGAGGUCCCCAGCCCGAUCCCCCGUGGGGUGGCGAUCUGCGGGCACGCGGGGCUACAGAUGCUUCGUCCUCCUCAGGCUUGGGUGGGCAGAGGAGGUGGGCUGGGUCAUCAGAUGGGCAUGGCCGCCUGGGCCAGGGCCCUCGGGGCGGAGAGCAGAGGGAGGCCGGCUGCCCACUGACCGUUUCUGGGCCGUCACUGAGAAUAGAGGAGAAAGGGAAUGGCCAAUUGGAAAUGCCCUGUGAUAAGGUCGCUUCUCGACCGGGGUCCCCGCCUGCACACUGGCUGGUGGGUGGCCUGAGGGGCCCGGGGGAGGCUGGCGUGCUUCUGCGCUGCGAAUCCAGGCUGCCUUUUGUGUUCCAGUUCUAGGUUGAGCCUGCGCGUGGGGCACCCCCAGCCUCAGUGGCCUCCUCUGGAAACUGAGGUCCCUCCUCCGGGCAUCACCCUCUGCCCAAGAGACCUCCCCCCCCCCCCCGGGCCUUGCUCAGGGGAGUCCUUUCUGAUACGAGGUGAUGGCAAGGGAAGGGUGGCUUCUUUGUCGAGUUGUCCCUGAAGGGGGCUUUCUGCCAGGUUAGGCCUCAGAUUUCCGGGUGCAGGGAGGGAGGGGGUCGGGAGACGCGGUGACGGGGAGCUCACUCUUCAUUUAGAGCCGGAAGCAUCCCAGGGAUGAGCCCGGUGGUAUUUCCCUUUGGUCCCAGACCUCUCAGUAUUUUCUCUGGCUGACAGUCCGAGCGUGGGAUCGCUGGCGUCUGUCCCCACCUCCUCUCCCUCCCCAUUUCUCAUCAGACUUUCCCCUUCCCGCUGGUGAGUGGGUUACCUCAUGAGGGACUCUGGGGGGAUUCAAGGCUGCCACAGCCUGUGUUUCUCUCCCUUUGGGAUGAGGCCAGUCAGAGGCCAAUCACUGGUGAAUGAGUGCACAGGGGCAGCUCAGGGCUGUACGGGGCGGGCGAGGUGCUUGGGGGUCACUCUGCACCCUUUUCUCACCCCCCCCCCCCGGAGCCCACCUUGUCUCCCAGGCCUGAGGCUCCUGCCCUGGGGAAGGGGCAGCUAGACGCUGGGCCCACUCUGGGGAACGGCUCCGGCGUGGCCUCUUCCCCCUCCCCCUGUGGCACACGCAUGUUGUUGGCCACGAGCACCAGGGGAUGGAGGGAGACUGUUGGCCCAGCGUGCCCUCUCGAGGCUGUCUCAGCCAGGGACAGACACGGCCUGUGGACAGCAAGUGUCACCCAAGUAGGAAUAAUAAAGCGGGUUUUGUGCACUUUUGAGCACAUCUCAACAUUUUCUAUACAUUGUCUGUACUGACCGUGUUUCCUUUAGUUUUAUACGGGUGGUCGCGUGUGUGUGGUGCGGGUGUGUGUCUGUGUGUCUGGUGGGGGUGAGGGGGUUGGAGGCGAGGCUGGGGGCUUGGAGCAGGGGCUGCUGGGUAAACCACCCUGGCCAUCCAUUCCUUCAUGCACUCCUGCACCCUCUGUCUCACUUCCGUGAUCCCUUCUUCUUUGGAUUCCUCCUUCACCCGGGGCUCUUGUCCUCUUGUUCUGGCCUGGAGGGUCCUGGUUGCUUUUGUCCUGCAGGCGCAGUUCUUGGGAGUGUGCAGAUGUGUUUUUUAAUUCCCUUUUCUGUGCAAGGAAGGACGGGGUGCCAUCAGGGCUCUGCCUUGUUAACACCCACCGCCUCCCCCCUGGUGUGGGGGACCUGAGCUGGGGAAGCUUCCGCUGCUCCUCGGGGAGCUUCUCGCUCUUCGGCCUGACCGGUCUGCUCUUAGCCUCGUUCUUCCCUCCUCUUGCCAAAGGCCAGCAGGGGAGGACUUCAUUUUUUAAAAAUGGUGGCAUCGUCUAUUUGCACAUUUACUCUCUCGUUCUGGUUGUUAGAGACAAAAAGCUUUUGGUGUUUCCGAAAUGUUACUCGAGGUGUGCUUAAGGGAAGUGAAGGGCUGGAUUUCCACAGGGGAGCUGGGCCAGACCUUUCCUCUUCUGGAGAGGUGCCCGUCUGCCGUGUCCCUCGGUGCUUCUCCCUUGUGUGGUGCCUGCAUUUCCCAGGCUCUUGAAUGGAUGGACUCUGAGAGACACUGAGCGCACUGGGCUCAAGGACUGCCGAGGUCUCUUCCAGAAAUAAAUGCUGUGAAAGCCGCUGGUCCGCUUGUUUGCUUUCAACUGGAGCCACGGAGGAACCCGAGCAUGGAAGGCCAGGAGGUCGGUGUGGGGUGGCCUGAGGGCAGACCCCAAGAGAGGCCUGGCUCAGGAGCCCCUCCUGUAGGGAGAGGCCUGGCUGAAGCAGUUGCUUCUGAGAGCAGAGUGGCCCCAGGGCCGGCGGUGAGAUGCUUUUCUUUGGAGUACUGUAAGUAGUGAGCUUCCCUCGUAGCUCCCCUUUGGGUGGUUUAUGGUGUGGGGACUGCCUUCUUCCUCACUUCUUCUAACACAAAGCAGUGCCAUUCAGAAUCACUUGUAUCCUGCACUUUCACAAAUACUCAGUCAUGGGUGUCCUCAGCCAGUGUUUUUUCCCCUGAUGGAAUGACUUCUUGUCAGUCAAGACCAUAGUCCUGGGUCCCAGGGGCUCCUAUGGUCAGCUUCGGAGACUUCCUUCCUCCCCCUUCCACAGCCUGAGCCUCCUGAGGCCAUGCAAACGAGUGCCUUUCAUUCCAAGCUGAGGCCUGAGGGUCUGGGCACCCAGCCUGGCCCUGCCCUGCCCCAUUGUCCAGUUACGUCUAUACCCUGAGCUGCCCAGGGUACAAGGGACCGAGAGGUGAGGGGGGGGGGGGGGUUUGCCUGUAGGGGCUUGGUAGUCCCUGGGGAAUCUAGAGCUAUGACAGGUGGUGCCCAGUUGCCUCAGAAGUGAUGAGGCCAGAGCCACAUUCCUCAUCUCUCCUCCUGCCCUUCUUGGAGCGAAGUCUGUCCAGAAGUUUCCAUGGGGGUGGCCUAGGAGUCAGGCAUGCUCUCUGUCCAUGUUACACACUAGGUUAUGCCCACUGGAACCCCUAAGAAGCACGACUCCUGCAGAGACUUGGGCAGAGGCACAUUGGCCAUUUGCACCCCCUGAAAGUUGGUGCCCUCUCCUGGGAUUUAGGAUCCCAGCUUGUUGGAGUUCCUCGCAGGGGAGUGGGGCUUGUAUGGUCCAGAAAGGUCCGGCAUGCUCUGCCUGCAGAACUCUGCAUAAGGUGGACUCACCCAGCCACUUGAAGUUGAACACCCCCACAUGCUACCCAUCCAUGCUUGCUCCUGGGGCCGCGAGUGAGGGGGCCACACUGCUGCUGUCACUCCUUGUGUCCUGACCCCCGUGGAGUUGUCAAUGCCUUGCCGUAGUGGAGGAGAGAUUCUGGUCUCCUAAACCAGAAUCGGGCACCGUGGAUGUCUUCAAGACUUUCUCUCUUGUUUUCAUGGAGGGGAGUUUAAUUGUUUGGAUUGUUUGGUUUUUGUUGUCCAGUUGGCACUAAUCCUUUUGUCCCCCUCAAGAUGCUGUGAGAACUGUGUCAUCGAAUGCCAAAUAAAUCUGUGUUCUGGCCA